CAUUCCCUCGUUUUCACGCAGACACUGUCGCCUUUUACUUUAUAAUAUUAUAAACUUUAGUCAGUUCUGAAUGGUACCUCGUUGCGCCGCGACGGUUUUCACUUAUUAAUAAUUAAUUACGCGAAGACUUGUGUGUUUGUUGUUUGGUUUUUUGGUCCGGCAUGGGCCCGAUCACGAGCCCUUUGCUACCAUGAGCCCCGCGUCCUGUGACGCCUUAGAAGUAGAGCGUUAUAUCGGCGCGUGUUUGUUCACAAAACAUCACAGGAAUUACCACAAUAAAAAUGUCUCCGGAUAUGUGAAUUAUCAGGAGGCGUGGGCCGGCGGGGCCCCACUGAUUUCUUUUAAUAAUAACCAUCGCAGACCGGUGCAGAGGUAUGUCAGGGACGAGCAGCUGGCCCAGUUGGCCCAGCAUACCCAAGGGGCUCCCCUGAUUGUCACGAAGAACCAUAAUAAUAAUUUUCGAGGGCGUAACAGCUACGUGCCGCAACAAACAAAAGUUUUUGAAAACUCUAAGAGGUUGCAAGUAAACAAAAAAGGCCCCCAAGUGGAUACAGCCAGCGUGACUAGUGACGAGAGCUACGGUUCCCAGAAUUCUGAGCCUUGUUUGCCUAGAAUACUCAAGCCGAGAAAAAGGCGAAAAAAGGACAGAAAACCGUUAAACAGGAGCUACAAUGACCAUCAGUACCCAUCUCAUCAAUAUUUACCUUAUGUAGAACCGCCUCCAAGCUACUCUGAUGACAGCUCGGAGGUGCCUAAGCUGCACCACUCCUUCGAGGAAGUCGAAGAAGUUGAGGAUGUGAACGGCAACUUGCCCAGCACCUGUCAAUGUCGAUAUUGCGAUCCUAAUUGUCAAAUUUGGGAUGUCGAUAGGAGCUGUUACUCUCCCUUUUUGACGCCUCCAACUAAAUCGUUUGAGUUUUCCAAUCUGCUUCAGUCAUCACCGGAUUUGCCUUAUGGAUUGAGUAACGAACUAUCCCGACUUUCCCUGAAAGAAUCUUGGGAGAAUCCACACAAGCCGGUUUUUUCCAGAUCCUCUUCGAAUAGUUCCAGUUCGUGUAGCGGUGACUUAGAAGUGUCCACAGAAAUAGUCACGUCCCCAAACGGUCAUCGGGACAUCGAGAUUAAGUUUUGGUUAAGUGGUGAUCGAAGUGUACAGAGUGAUGUUGGUAGUUGACAACACGGGAUUUUUGUGGAUUAAGGUAUACUGAGGUGUUUUUGGGGACGGGGUUGUUUUUUUCUGUUUAAAAAAAAGGAUGACCCCGUCAUAAAUGAAAACGAAUGUGGGAUUCGGUGUCGUUUUUAAUUUAUUUAAAUUAUUGUCUUCAAAUGAUUCUUUUUUUUUGUAUCUUUUAAGUUAGUGUAAUUAAAUUUUUGAUUUAAAAA